CGACAUUUGAAAAUGCGUCCACUCCACUCUUGCUUUUAUAGGAAAGAAAAGAACACGGGACCAGUCACCCACCAUGGCCGUCACUGUGGCAGCUGAAAUCUAGCAACUUUUGGGUAACUUCGCAAGAAUAUAGGCCAUGGGAGUGGAAGCCAGAGAUCAUCAAACCCCUUUGGUUGAAUCUUCGUUUUCUGCAUCAUCCAUUCAACCCAUCAAAAGAACUGGGGUCCUAUGGACCGCUGUGGCGCACAUAAUAACGGGAGUGAUAGGGUCAGGGGUACUAUCACUGGCAUGGAGCGUGGCUCAGCUAGGUUGGAUUGCAGGACCAUUGACAAUGCUGACAUUUGCGUCAAUCACUAUUGUUUCUGCCUUCUCUCUCUGCAACUGCUACCGGUCACCCGAUCCCCUUUGCGGGCCUACCAGAAAUACCUCCUACUUGGCAGCCGUUCGGAUGAUUUUAGGAAAGAGGAGCGCAGUAGUGUCUAGUAUCAUUCUACGAAUAAACUAUUGCAAGGUUGGGAUCGUCUAUACCAUUACGGCUGCUACCAGCAUUAGAGCAAUUCUGAAAUCAAACUGUUACCACAAAGAAGGGCACCAAGCUGCUUGUGACUAUGGAUAUACUUCUUAUAUGCUCUUCUUUGGAUUUGUUCAAAUAGUAAUGUCUCAGAUACCCAACUUUCGUGAUACAGAAUGGCUCUCAAUUGUCGCUUCAAUCAUGUCAUUCUCCUAUUCGAUCAUUGGAUCGGCACUUGGCCUCGCUAAAGUAAUAGGAGAUGGAAGCGUAAAGGGUAGCAUUGGAGGGGUACCAACUUCUACAGCAUCUCAGAAAGUAUGGUUGGUUUCUCAAGCGAUUGGGGACAUUGCGUUUGCUUUUCCAUUCUCUGUCAUUCUGAUUGAGAUACAGGACACCUUGAAGUCGCCUCCACCAGAAAAGGUAACCAUGAAGAAGGCCUCAGCAACAGCGAUUAGUAUAACGACAUUCUUUUAUCUCUGCUGUGGAGGAUUUGGUUAUGCGGCCUUUGGAGAUUCUGCACCAGGGAACCUCCUAACAGGAUUCGGAUUCUAUGAGCCGUAUUGGCUCAUCGACUUUGCCAAUGCGUGCAUCAUUCUUCAUCUAGUUGGAGGAUAUCAGGUAUUCAGUCAACCACUGUUUGCAGACUUGGAAAAAUUGAUUGCUGAGAAGUUCCCCAACAGUGAAUUUAUACAUGAAAAUUAUGUUUUGAAAGCUCCAGUGUUGCCGGCUUUUAGGUUAAAUUUUCUCAGGCUGUGCUUUCGAACAGUUUAUGUUGCAUUUAUCACUGGAAUUGCAAUAGCCUUCCCCUACUUCAACCAAGUUGUGGGAGUAGCUGGCUCUUUAACCUUUUGGCCGUUGGUUAUCUAUUUCCCUGUGGAAAUGUACAUUGCCCAGAUGAAUAUCCGAGCUUGGACAAGAAAGUGGAUUGUCCUUCGUGUUUUUACCAUUGUUUGUUUGAUGGUCGCAUUGUUUGCGUUGAUUGGAUCAAUUGAAGGGUUGAUAAAAGCAAGGUUUGGCUAGGUCAUACUUUAUUUCUCUUACGAAAUGUAAGAUCGCAAGACGCAAGAUUUUGCCAGGGCAUGCUUUAUUCUACUGUAAAAUGAGAGAGUGACAGAGCUAUGUUAAAAUAGUACAGGAAACAAUGGUUGUUCACUUGAUACUCAACCCAACUAUGAAAAGUUGGCUUGACAUAAUCGUUGAUGGUUGGUUCGCUUGCUUUUAUCAAA